GUGUUGUGGCCUGCAGAGUGGACAAGAGCAACUUCAGGAGUGAUGGGUUCAGGCUCUGUCUGGGCAAAGAGGUAGGAGUGUGGAAGAAGGACACAAAAAUUACAUGGCUGUUCAAAAUGGGGUAAAAAAUGCAUACAAUACCAAACAUGAAUCAGCAGUAUGGAAACAGGCCUGAUGUAGGUUCCUAUGGGACUUGGUAAGAGUAUGGAUAAAAUGCACAAGUGAGAAGACUUGGUUGCUCAGAUAUUUAGCAUCUCAGACAUUAACGGCUUCUACAGCCUGCAGAUAUUUUCAGAAAUUAUUCUCUCCAUGCUGGUAGAUGGGAAACAGUCUCUGCCUACUAGAGAUGGGUGAGGUGACCCAAGUGGGCCCUUUGUUGGGGGCAGCAAGGACAGGCUGCCUAGGAAGAGAGAGGAAGUAGGAAGAUAAGUGACAGCAGAGCAGGCAGGGGCACGGGCCUCACUAGCAGAGUGAGCAGUCCUGAAGUACCAAAGCACAAAGAUCAGAGCAGGUCAGGAUGAGGAUUUAGAUAGCAGGGUACAUAGCCAGACUGGGACAUGGCUGGGCAUGGCUGUGCUAACUCAGGCAGGGACCAAGGGUGAGACCCUUAGCUGUGAUAAGCCAAAUGUUGCUGAGUUUUCUCAAAGCCAAACACCUCUAUUUGCUUAAGCUGGACCUGAGUCCAGCUGAUCCCCCAGGAGGUGAAGAAUAUGUUCAGGGCCUUGACAUUGUUCUGUCAAGCCUGCUUGUAGCCAUCUUGCACAGCAUGCUGGCUCCAUGUUCCUCUACCUGACAACAAAGCUGUGUAUUUAUGGCUGUGUUGAAAGUACAACACAGGUCUUGUAGCCUGGGUAAAGAUAAGAAGUCUUAACCUUCUAAGUCAGCUAUUUGAAUUGUCUAACAUUCUAGUGUCUGUAGCGACUGGGGAAAAAAAAAGACAUUUUUUCAGCUCUGGGACCAAAGCUUUUACCCUAUUUUGGUAAAUGGCAUGGGUAUGUUGUAUACAUCCUGGCAGGGAGAAGAUGAAGUAUUUUACCCAUAAGCUAUGGUGGAGCUUCUCAGAUUUUUCAGUAGGUACUUGCAGCAGGAAGAGUUGAAAAGCCUAAAAGGGUCUUUCUCUAGAGUAGGAGAAUUUUCAGAUGAAAUUCCCCUAAGGGAAGUGCUGGGAUAUACUCGUGUUUGUGCAUAAAGAAGCACAGAAGAUAGGGAAACAGUACAUGAGAGAGAGCCUAGUCCAGUGUGGAGAUGUUCCCAGGCCCCAUGCCUUUCCUCACAGCAAGGCCUGCUAGAAUGCACAGCUUGGUGAGUCCUGUGCAAGUCUUCCCUUUAUUCCAAUUGGGAGACAGACUGUAGCACACAGAAUCAGGAAACAAGUGUCAAAGGGAAGAGCCUAGUUUUGUCUGGUUUUUGGUUGUCAAUUCUUCCGUGGGACCUGUAGUUGAGGUGGGAUGUAUUUUUCUGCCCCUUCUCCCAUUAAUUAUAUUCUGUGUUCUGUGACUUUGUGUCAGAGCCAUGCAGCAACUGUUCUUACCACAGCCACACAAUAAGGAUUGCAGACAAAAACCUGCCAGAUUUCACAAAGCCUUGAUGCUGUGUUUGGACUCCUGAAGAAAUAGAGAAGGGCUGUACAUUGGAGGAAAUCAAACAAAAACCAAACAGGAAACCAAAACCCUCAAAGUCUUCCUGAGCUUUGAUAAGGAGGUAAAAGGAUCUGAAUCUGAACUCAUCCUGCUAAAUCAGCAUAAACCUACAAGGUUCUAGGAGGAAGAAUGGGGCUGUUAAUGUAUAUUAGCAGAGUGCUGUGGCCCAAGUGGUUAACACACAUUGAAUGCCUCCAAGUCUAGGUAGUCUGAUGAGUGCUCAUUACAUUAUAUGAACAAUAGUCUCAUUCUCAGACUGUUACUGGUCUCUUUCUUCCAAGAUAAUAGCUAACAGUGAGGGAAAACACUGGAUGACAGCUUAAUUUUGCCACCUUCCAUUACCUACAGCUGUAUGUCCCCAUCCAGAGCUGGGGCUCUGAUGGACAUUCCUUGAAGCUGAGCAUAGGAAGAUCAGCCAGCAACAGCCUGCAUCCUGACCAGAGCUGUGUUUUCCAGUCACUGCUGGGGUCCUGCGGUGGACUUCUUGCAUCACUUGUGUUCGGGGCAGGCCAGGCGGGUAACUUGCAACAAAUAGCCUGCUCUCCCUUUUCUUUCCCAGGCAUUGUAGGAUGUCAGCUCCUGCAUGUUGAGGCAGAGGCAGCCUGCCUUGUUUAAUCUACUGGCUUUUCAAGCCUUGAAGCAGUCUGAAGAGACAUUCCCUAAAGGAGGGAGCCGCCUGUAACUUGCAGCCCUUGUGUUGAGCCUUUUGUGUUAGGCACGUACAGAGGUGUGGCACUCCCUGCCCUCCCGAGCCUGGUCUGCGAGCCUGGCUGGGCUGAUGGCACCGGUGACCGGGCGCUGAGUUCAGUCUCACCCGCGGCCGUGUGCUGCCAUCUGCUGCCGAAGCCCAUUGUUGCGGGCUUUCCUGCAAUCCCUGGGCUCAGCCACCGUCUCCGGGGACUGCUUGGGCACCCAGAAGAGAGGUGGCAGGAGGGAUACAAGCAGACAUCACCUGAGACCUGGCUAGCACUGGUAGGGUGCUCUCUGAAAAGAAAUCACAGCUGGUGAUUUGUAGUUUGAUAGUUUUGCAAUGAUGGAACUGGUGCUUCCAAAUGUAGCCGUGUCCUCCUGCUCUACUGCCGUCUGUGCUUCAGAGGCAGGCUUUGUGCCCUCAUGCACAAACAUAGUAAUGUAAUGUUGGGCUUGGAACUGAGCUGUCCCAGGGCAGGCACACAACCCCUCUUGUGGCCAGUGUGCAUAACGGUAUGGAUGUCUGUUGUCUUUAAAGUUUGGCCCAAAGGAAUGGAACUCCUAGUCUUUUUUAAAGUGGUGGCUAAGCACUCGUUCAUGAGUCCAUGUUUAUGGUGUUAAGCAAACUGUUCAAAGAUGUGUAAGAUGCUGUGGUUUUGGUGCUACACAAACUGUCCCUUUGGUUAGCUGGCAGGGACAAGGAGCUGGAUUCCUGUGAGAGGUAAGGGAUAGGAGAGCAUUUUCUUUGAAGAAUAUAUGCUAAGUGGCUAUAGAUACAGCUGAAUGUCUGGUCCAGAGUUAGGGGCUGCUGUCACGAGUACCUAAAGCCAAAGUCAAUACCAUGGGCACAUGUACAAAGUGUGCUUGGAAUUCACUCUUUUUGGGUAGAAAACCAGGAAAACCCUUAAGUGAUACAUCCCAUACAGAAACAGGGUUACUGUAAGCAGAUAACCUGCCCUGGGUAGCCUGGUCUAGCUCCAAAAUAGUCCUGAUUUGAGCAAGGUUUCUCCAGUCAGAAGUAUUUCCUAGAACAACUUUUGUGCUUCGCUGUGCUGCAGUGUGUCCCAUGCCGGGCCAGCAGUGUGGUGAGAUGUCUGAUGUGAGGGGCUGGUCAGUGAAGAGGAACGCUGAGAUCUGGCAGUCAUCCUUCCCCUCUGAAAGGGCAGAGCUCUACAAAGACCAGGAUGGUGUGCUGAGCCUGUGCUGUCCAGUCUUAACAUGAUAAAUAUGCAAAUAACUCUAAUCCAGAGGCAGAGUCUAAGAGAUGUGGGCCAAGGUGCUGUAGGCCAUUGUGAGUCAUCAAGGAGCACUUUGCCUUCUUCAUCAGUCCCAGCCAGCAGGGAGUCAGCAGCAGGGGCCCUUUGCCCUCUGGGUCAAUGCAAGCUCUGUGCUGGCACCCUGGAGCGCCAUUUGCCCACCUUUUGCUUUCCUGUGCUGACUUCAGUGUCCUGGCAGGGUAAAAGUGGGUGACACAGGCACCUGGAGAGUGUGCUCUUAAAAAAAAAUAAAUUACUUUUCCCUAUCUGAUGGCAUUGACAUCUGUGUCAUGAGGAGGUUCCUGUAUAUGGUUGAACCCCAUAGUUUGGGGCCUCCCUGCCUGCAUUAAAACUUUCCCAUCAUUGUUUCAUUGAUGAGGUACCAAGGAGUGUUUGGUUGAGCUGACUGUACUCCCUGGAUUUUGUUCAGCUUUCUAUGGCUGUUUCCAGAUGGCUUUUGCUUUGUCCCAUCCUGACUGGACACAUGGGAUGGCUGCUCUUGAGGCAGGGGCUGGGAGGCUACAAGUGGCCUGCAGGGGCACCUUGGCUGCAGGAUAAGGGGCAACACAGGUCACUUGAAGUCUUCCUGAUAAAUCCACCCUUGAGGAUAGGAGGGGGUGAGGGAGCUCUGCACUGCUGGGGAGGUUUGUGCUGCUAUUCCAGUACCACCUGCUGGGACAGCUUAACCAGUUCAGCUCUCCCCAGAACCUCCCUAUGAGAAUGUUUUUUACUGCAUCCCACUAACAUGCAUGGAGAGGAUGUAGAGGGUAACAGUUUAAGAGUGACCCUAAUGCAUGAGUCUGGGUGACUUUGUGUGACAGCCCCAUGCUUGCUUGGUGACUGUGCUUGUUUUCCAUUUUUUUUCUUUCCUUUCUACUCCCCUCAUUCCCCCUUCAACAGAGGAAGAUGACAUGCAUUCAUCUGGGCAGAGAGUAGCCAAACAAUUCAAGGCUGUGGAGAUCUGUGUGGUCCUUAGAACUGGAAAUGAAGUAUAAAGAAUUGCUUCUGUGGAGAGGUGUUAUGUGGCCACAACUUGUGUAUGCGAAUUCCAUAUGCCCACUCUAAGAUAAACUCCACAGCCUCACCUCUGAAAACAAGCCCCUGGGGUCUGACCAGGACUUGAAUCUGGCCCAGGUUUGAAGUCAGAUAUGGUGCUGUGGCAAGCAACUGUAGUAUCUGGUUCUGAUCUCCAACAAUUUAUAGCCUUGAGACUUGUGACUCAGAUCCAAAAGAGAAAGGAGACAAAGGUAAAAUGUUCCCAGUAAUGGCAUAAAACACAGCUUUGAGGUUACUGCAUCUGCAUGUGCCCUCUGUUGGGCUUUGAUUUGGUAAUCUGUUAAUUGGGGGAAAUAAAUAAAACAUAUCUUUGCUCUUCUGAAGAAAAUCCUCUGUUAAUGCUAUAUGUGAAGAGGCAGGUUGGGGCUUCUUGUCUCUUUGAAGAUUCUCUGGAUCAUGUUCUUCCUUUUCUUAUUAAUUGCCUUACACCUGAGGGAUUUUGGUAACCUACCAUCACACUAGAGUGAGCACACGACUUACCCUUCCCAAUUCUCACUGAGUUUGAGCUUGCUCAGCUCAGGUAACUUUGGGACAUGAAGUCCCAAAACCUUGCUUGAAACCCUCAGCACUUACUAGAACUUACUAAAACUUGGCAGGGCUGUGGCCAUGGGAGAAAUGCACAAGCUGUUUUUGAGAGGAACGUUUCUUUUCGUCACUCCUAGUUUUCUUUCGUUCCCCUGUGUUCUGCAUGCUACUGUAACCAUAGCAUUUUGGGGAGCUGCUGAUCUCUGGCAAUGUAUUUGUGUCAUGCUGGAUGGUUCUGCUCAGGAUUCCCUGUCUUUCUGCCAACUCAGGCCUGCCUGUGGUGAAGUGCUGCCACCUGCCAGAAACUUGUGUGGCUUCACAGUGCUACCUUCUGUUUAAUCCAUCCCACUCAUUGCUCUCACUCCCCUUUCCCACUGUCCAUUCAGUACUUCCAAGUUUCCUCUUCACCCCUGGAUGCUCAAAUGUCUCUUUCCUGUGCUUUCACAGCUCCAUAUAAGCCAUUUUUUCCUUGGUCUCCUAGCAACCUGUAUGGAACCCUGGUUCAUCUUCUACCAUUAAAGGGGUUGACUGCCUUCCAGAAGAGGUCUCUUCUCCCUGUGGCUCUGGCCAGUGUCAGCCCUGGCUGAGAAGGGCAUAGGGUGCCUUUCUCUCAGAUCCCAGGAGGCUGCUAUGUUCCCACACUGUCCCCUGGAGGAGUACAAACUGCAGCAUCCCACCUCUCACUUCUCUAACCAUGCAGCAGGGUACACAAUGGGAUCACCUUAUUGCUAGACUCUCUCUAACCAGCCAAAUCCCUCAGGAGCUCUUGAGGAGGUCUUGCUGCCUGAAUCCCUUUGAUUUGUUAUCUGACAUCCCUUAUUAACUGCUCAAUGUCAGGCCUUGGGUCCCCAUUCUCUGUGUUCCAGUGCCAUUUUAUGCUCUUCCCCUGGCUGCUCUGCUCCAUAGUUUUAAUCCCUAAAAAGGAGCAAGGUGGUGUGGAGAGGGAAGACCAAGAAGGUGGCAUAUAUUCACUUCUGAUGCUCUUUUUACCCAGGGACAGGGAUAUAAAGCCUGGAUUUGGUUUAGGCUUUUAUCUAAGUGACCUGGAAGUCUGCGCUAGCUACAAGUGCCGUAAAAGUAGGUGAUGCCAGGACUGUAGGCAAAGACCCACAAGAGGCAGGAUUUCCUUACAAGAGUUACAUUGACUCUUCCCGAAGUAUAUCAUACUUAUACACGUGUCCAUCAAUUAAUUAUUUUGUUACAUUAACCUGACCACUAGAGAUGUCAAACCUUUAACUUCCUAAAUCUCCCUGAGACUUCCCUUCUUUGAUAUGUUCCCUGCCAGCCUGGGAUUCGUUGAUUAGAAGAUAGUUUAAGGCAAAAGGUGACCUACCGCUAUUAACAAGUGUUUCACCUUUGAAUUUCCUGAGAAUCCCUGGGACCAUCUUGGCCAGACCUGCUAUUUCCAUAGGUUUUGCACAGUUACUUUUAUUUUGGACAGAUCCUUUGGUGUAGUCUCCACAAACCAGGGUUCUUGUGUGUGAAUUUCACCAAUUUAUUCUAUUGUGCCAUAAAUAAUUAAUUUAGCUUUGUUUUGAUGUCCUUGUUCUCUCUGACUGCUUAUUUUAUGCCCUUCUCUCCAGUUGCCCUCAAGGCAAUAUAUCAAAUAUAAAGGGUACAAGGAAGUUCUGACACCUUUGCUUUGUUAUGGUUUUGCACUUACUAGAGGUCAUGCUCAUUUCAAUUUUCCUCAUUUGGAUGCAAGGUCAGCUUGUUGAAAAACGUAUUGAUAAUUCCUUUGGGAAAUAAUUUUAGUCAUGUCAUGUCAGCUGCAUUUUGCCUUUUGUCAAAUCUUCUAAAGAAGGUCUAGGUAUUUGGAUGGCCAAUGUGAUGUUCCUGUGUAACCUCUGUGUCACUUAUGAUAACUCACAAGCCUCCAUCUCAAUUCCCUCAGCCUCCUCUCUCUAUUCAAACUGGCUUGUAAGAAGUGUGUCACUUCCCUGCGGCUUCCACCAUAGCUGUGGUCAAUUUUAAAAUGGGAUUUUGGAAUGUAUGGGAUCAAAGCUUUAGGAUUUGAGUUAUACUCUUUGCCUAUAAAUUUGAAUUUAACUCCUCAGGUUCAGCUGGAUUUUCAAAAGGAGUAAGGCAUGUGCAAUGACACUGUUUCAUCUGUUCACAUGGACCUGCUUGCUAAAUUGGGUGAUGCUGGCUGUGGGGUGAAAUUGCAGAUACCACCUUAUUCAAACCUCAUGGACAAGUAGGGGAGAAAGAGCAUAAGUGCCUCUGCUGCCUUCUCUUUGAGUCAGAGACAAAUGAUGGCCAUGGAGCUUGCAGAGCAACCAGCAGCUGGAGCACGCAUAAGGAGGGAGAGCAGAACUGUGAGAGUUCCACAAAAGAGCUGGGGCUUGUGAGGCACAUGGGAACUGAGAGCAUGGGAGGCACCUGGCAGUGUGGGGUAGCGCUGAGCUGAAAGACAUCUGUGGGGAAACACAGGUAUUGUGGGAAGACAAGGGAUUGAGCAGAACACAGGAGGAAGGGGAAGGGAGUUACUGAGGAACAGCAGUGAGAAUGCAAGGAAGCAAAACAUGAGUUUUGGGGAUUUUUAAGCAAGACUUCUUUCAAAAAAUAUUUUUUUAGCACCACAACUAACUGCAGGAUCCAAUCGUUCCUAUCUCCCCCUCAUUUACAUGCCAUCGGUGCAUAUGAAAUUCAAAGGAUUAUUUUUUCCCUCAGGAGUGUCACAUGAUUGUUGUUACACAUUGGCUCAGCACUGCAUCCUAUGGAAGUAUGAUUCAGAGCUGAAUUUUGACAGCAAGCAACAACUCUGAUGGCUGACAAAGAAGAAUCGAGCUGUCUACUGAUGUUUGAGUGCAGUCUAAUGUAAUCUAAUAAAAAGAGCAGCUAGAGCCUGAAUUUGCAUUUGAAAUACCUUGGCUGUGUUUGGAGAUGUGUUUCAAUGGAAAAAGCUCAUGAAGCUGCUCUGUAACUUCCUUUUCUGUCUGCUGAUUGUGUUUCCUGUUUCUGCACAGUGGAAAUCUUGAAACCCUGCCAGGAAGUAAGCCUUUUCCCCACAAGACUCAGUCUGCUGAGACUUGGUUGGGUGGGGACAGGGGGAAGCAUGCAAAGAAUUGCUGAAUUCUCAGCAAGAAAUUUGAAGGCUUAACUAGAGUUCAGCUGACACUUAGGGAGGCUUAAUUCCAGGAGAGGGCCAGGACUGAAGACAAAGGAUAGUGCUGGAAGGAUGUUGGAAAGAGAAGCUAGCAGUAUGCUUGCUUGAGGGACCAGGCUUCUCCCUGCAGCUGUUCUUAUUCUUAUGUAAAAGUUACCCUCUUUGCACACAAUACAUAAAGGAGAAGUAAAGUUAGCUCAGGACAUGUUCUCAUUCUGUUCUGCCUUAAGGGAAUUCCAGCUAGCCAAACUAACCAGCUUCUUUCUUCUGGUUGUUUUCAAGACCUUGUGGCUUUUCAGUAGAGGGGGUUUAUAAAAAAGAUGGAGAGAGGCCUUUUAACAGAACCUGGUAGGAUAAGGGGUGAUGGGUUUAAACUGAAAAAGCCAGAUCUAGAUUAGCUAUAAGGAAGAAAUUCUUUAAAAUGAGGUUGUUGAGAUGCUGAAACAGGUUGUCCAGAGAAAUUUCAGAUUCCCCUUAAUUGAAAAUGUUUAGGUUGGAAGAGGCUUGAGCAGCCUGAUGUAGUAAAAGAUGUCCUUGCCCAUGGCAGGUGGGCUGGAGAAGAAAGUCUUUGAAGGUCCCUUCUGACCAAACCAUAGUCCUAUCUGCUGACUGAACCCUCCUCACCCUGCCUUAUUGCUGUCUGUUCUCAGAAGUCUUUCUGAUUUAGAAUGUAUCUCAGAAGCCAUUUCCCUUGUCUCCUUUCAAGAUCUGCUCCAGCUUGAAAUUAGACUAAGCACUGACACUUUGCCCAAGGUAAUAUCAGAGGUCUUUACCAGAAAGCAGAUAAGGGAGGUAAAUGACAGUGUUGGAAAAGUAGCAGAAAAAUGUAAACCAUCCCUUUCCAGCCUCUGAAGUGGCGCCUGAAGCAAGCACUGCUCUGAACUUCCAUAGGCUGUGAAUCAGGUUUUAAUAGAAAAGUUUCUGUCUGUACUCUUCCCAAUAAUCUCUCAGACUAUCAACAUAUUUUGUUUUAAAAUUCCACUUUGCUUGUUCUUCUCCCUGACCCCAGCCUGAUCCUUCUGUUUCUUCAUGGACAUGUCAAUCGUCUGAUUAUUUUUAUUGCUUUGUCUAAGGCUGCAACUCCCCAGUCUCAUUUCUACAGGAACCUUUCCUAGUCUGAGAUUUGUUCUAGUCCUAGCUUCCAACGGGGACUGACUUUGAAAAAUGAGACAUAGCUGCAACAUUUGAUAUAGCAAAUGCAGCUUAACCACAAGGGGCAAGUAGGGCAGAAAGCAUUUUGUCCUGGACCGCAGGUUAAACUGGGCUAGGAACUGUGAUAUCUGCAAAUGUGAGAUGGUAGAAUUACUAAUAGACAAAGAAAGACAUGAAAAUAUGGAGAGAUAGUUAAGGAAGAAAGUUAAAAAAUUAAAAAAAAAAAACUAUAAAUGUCUUGAAAAGGAAGCCUGUCAGCUGAGAAUAUGAUAUGGGGAAGGAGGAGUGCAACUUCCUUUUCGGUUGUUAGGUUCUCAUUUUUCUUUUAUGUCUCAAGAUCUUCCAUGGUGCCAGGACUGAUUUCCUGGGCUAAGAAACUGAAGAUCUCUUUUUUGAGCAUUUCUGAGCUCCCAGGAAUUCUCAGGUUAUCACCAGUGUUUCCAGUGUUCAGCACAGCCUUCUUUGAUGGGCAGAAGGUGAAUGAACAGAUGGGAAAGGCUCAGUAACCUAUAAGUGUCACCCUCUGGAAACAAGGAGCUAAAAGGACCACCUUUUAUGUGGCAAAACUAAGGAAAGGGUCACACUGAUUAAAUGGCAUCAGAAAUCACCUAUGCUGAGGUGAAGUUCAAAAAUGAAUCACCGGCUCCAGUGGUCAAAGUACCGCCGGAGUCAAAGAAGCCUGAGCACCAUCCCCAGAAAUACCCACUCUGGCUGCCAUGGUCCAUCUCACUCCUGCUCCUCUUGGUGUGCUUUGCCCUUGUUGUCAUCCUUCUUGUGGUUCCCUUCUGCCACAGCACUGACCAGCCCACAGCCCUGCAGCAGCAGUUCUUGGAGUGGAAUUGCAACUCAACGGUGCCACAAGGCACAGCACGAGGCUGGACGUGCUGCCCAAAGGGCUGGAAAAGGUUUCAAAGAAGCUGCUAUUUCCUGUCCUCUGACACAAUGAACUGGGCUGAGAGUGAGCAGAACUGCACUGGGAUGGGCUCCCAGCUGGUGGUGAUCAACAGCAAGGAAGAACAGGUUUUUCUCUCUGAGCAGAUAAGACAAUCUAAAGAACCGAAACCAGACAAUUUCUACAUUGGUCUGUUUGCAGAGAAGGUGGGCAAGUGGCAGUGGGUGGACAAGACUCCAUAUAAUGUGACAGCAGCGUUCUGGCGAAAAGGUGAACCAAGUGAUACCCUUGAUGAGAAUUGCGUUAUAAUCCAUAGGGAUACAGAAUUACCCAACAACUGGAAUGACGUCAGAUGUUUGAAGUAUCAUCGAAUUUGUGAAGCUGCAGCAGUAACUGUGUGAUGGAAGUACCCCUGUCCUGAGUAAAGCUGGGAGCUGAGCAGUGAGCUGGGAACAGCGCUGGCUGUGCAGGGAGGGGUGGGGAGCCCUGAUACAGCUUCACUGUGUGGGGUGGGACCAUGUGUGUGAAAGUGAAAUGAGCUUUGUCCAGCAUCCCCCGUGCAUGGGGUGGCUCAGGAAACACAGGAAGGCUCAGGCUCACUGAAGCUGGUGCUGUCUUCUUGUGUCCUCUCUGAGUGGGUCCAGAAGCCGCUAGCUGAAAAGAGAUGGACUUCUCCAGGAGGAAGACACAGGAAUGGAAGACACAUAUCCAGAGAUUCAAUGUCCUUUGUGUCCUUGAGCAGAGCUGUUUGCUUUUUGUUGAGUCACACACAAAAUGUCCUCUAGCUGUACUGGUUUUGCUGAGCAAAUUAUGAAAACUUAGACAAGAGAAAAUACAAUAACACACCAGU